UGAGGAGCUUGUGUCAGUGCUGAAGGAGCAGCUCUGACUCCUGCGUUACGAGAACACACCACUGUCUGUAACCUCAUCAGAAAGUCUGAAUUUGUCUAUUUUUAAUGUGUAUUUCUUUUUAUCUAGCACGAGAUAAUGACUAAUGAAUUUCAGAGCAUGGUGGUGGAGGAAGCAGAAGCAUACACCAGGAUGGAGAAAAAACCAGCUAAUGGGAAGCUGAAACCCCUCCUGCUGCUGGUGGCUGCUACACUCAUCAUCAUGAUUGUUAUGGUUUUUGUCGUAUUUUGUUACCAGCAGAGGAAAUUUGCAGAUUUGGAAAACUCCAUGAGGAAUCAGAAUUGUUCUCUAAAGUUUGAGAUGAAUGCAGGAACCCAGACAAGGACAUUAUCUGAUAUUCAGACUUUGAUCAAUACUCUCAGCUCCUCACUCCGCUCGCUUUCAACCAACCUGGAGACCAAGCUGCAGGAUAUGGACUCUCAGAGGAACAUGCUGUCAGACAUAAACACUUCUGUUUCUAAUCUCGCUUCUUUUGUAAACUUUCUGUCCUCCAAACUCCAAAGGACAGAUCAGCGAGUGAUGAAGCUUCUGUCAGAUCUGAGUGAUUUAAGGACUGAACUGGAAAACAGCAAUAAAACCACUCCUCUCUGUAAGACUGGAUGGAUUCAGUUUGAGUCCAAGUGCUACUUUUUCUCUGAACACUUCAAGACCUGGGACGGAGCCCGGAAUUACUGCAGGAAUGAAAACGGCAUGCUGGUUAAAGUGGAAACAGAGGAGGAAAUGAACUUUUUGACUCGUAGUCGGAAAGACUACUGGGUGGGACUGACGGAUGAAACCACAGGAGAGUGGAGAUGGGAUGAUGGAUCACCUUUUGUCAGGAAUUCAGAGUGGUGGGAGGAAGGUCAGCCGGACAACUGGGACGGUCACGGUUUGGGAGGAGGAGAGGACUGUGCACACCUGACAGUAAUUAGGAAACUAAACGACAAUCACUGCUCUAUACAAAUGCGAUUCAUCUGUCAGAUAUAAAUGAAGACCUUUUGUUCUGGUUGGCUUGUUUAUAAUUAUUAAUCACCUUUAUAUGUUAAUGUCUCUACUCAGAAUGUAACAAAAUAAAACACAACAUGAUCGAAGACACAUUUCUGUUCCAGAUGUGCAGGUUUGAGCUGUUUAAUAAAAUAAAAGUGUUGUUUGUGUUAGAGUUUAGCAGUGAUGUUGGUGUUAAUGUUAAUAGAAUCUCAUUUCCUCCAGAGAUCUGCUCCUGAUUUACUGAGAACAUGAAUAAAGAGAGGAUUUUACUUAUUCCGGGGUAUAAAAUCUAAUAAACACCCCACUUUACCACAGUGAUAUUACGUCAUGUGUUACGUCAUCAUUUUUAUUGCAGCUUUCUCGUUAUUACUCAGCGGUUUUAUUUUGUCUGUGUAAUGCCCUCUCUCUGUUUUAUUUAUCUGAGCAUGCAGCUCCUCAUCCUGAAGUGACUUUCACACUACAGCACUGCAGCUGCUAAAUUAAUUUAUUCACACUGACUCCGCCCACAAUCCUCCAGAAAUCCUGUUUAUUCACAAACCUU